AUGCUACUAUAUUUAUUGAUUAUAUCGAUAAUCUUAACACUAUUCGCUUUGAUUCUCAACCAUUUCAUCGCAAAGCACUGGGGACCAUCCAAACAACUCGCUCUUUUUCUGAAAUUCGCCACUGGUCUCACUAUAAUUGCCCUACUUUGUGCUAUCAUAUUGUUUUCGAUAAUUAAAUCGCAAAAAGAUGCGAUGGAAAUUGAGAAAUUGUCAGAGACAAUGCAGAAAACUGAAAAUUAUUUGAAAGAUUCGCAUGAAAAAUUGAAUGGAAUUUCAACGGCCAACUUGAAAAUUGCACAAAAAAUCAAUGUUUCAAUGGUUUCGGCGGAAAUUCUAGAUAUUAUUGAGAACCGGACUGAUUUCAGAGAGCACAAAUCGGUAAGUUCUGCGAAAUUCGCCUAAAAAAUGCUCACAGGGUGUAAAAAACAAAAAAAAACAGCUCAAAAAUUCGAAAUCAUCGCGAAACAGUGUGUGUACUGAAGAGCGCGCAGAGAAAACGAGGUGUGCAGUGGGGCGAUUUUGCUGCAUUUCCAAUUUAUUUUUCCUUUUCAGGUAAGCGAAAAAGUUGAUGUUUUACUCUCAAAAAUCAAUGAAAAUUUUGAACUUGUGCUUACUGGAAAUAUGGUCGAAGAUUGUAAGGAUAAGGCUAGAGCACUUGGGAUAAAAGAAAAAGUCAGAAAAUUGCAAGAAGAAGUUAGUUUCGAAAAAGAAGAAGUUGAAAAAUGGAGUGUUGUGGAUUUCAGUGAAGCAUUUAUUGAAAAGCCGGUCAGAAAUAUGAAGGUUAGUGGAUAUUUGCGCGAAUCUAGCAGUCUAAAAUAUAAAAAUAUUUUGCAGAAAUCUCUCGAAUACUUUCAAGUUGACAAAAUCGAUGUUGCAAAAAUGGAAACUGAAAGAGAUCAAGCUGAUUUUGAGAAAUCGUCGAAAACUAUCGCCGAAAUUUCAAUCUACGCCCAAAACUUCUUUGUAAUUCUGAUCUUAUGCUUUGCACUUUUCCAAUGUGAAAUUUGUCUGACAAUCAGAAUCAGCAAAUAUUUUCUGGCGGUUUCUAUGAUUAUAUUUGCAAUUUUAUGGGUUGUUUUGACAAUGAAAAUGAAAAUGAAUUGUGAAGUGAAGUUUGAUUUUGUUGAGAUGAUUCAAAAGUAUCACUCACAAUCAGAGCAAGGCCAAGAAAAAAUUUGUAAAUUUUCUGAAAAUCGCAUCUUCGAUGGUGUUAAUUAUACAAAGAAAGUUGAUGAUGAGAUAAUUGCUCAAAAAUUUGAGAUUUUUGCGAUUCAAGAAGAAUUAUGGAGGGUGAUUGCUCCAAAAAUCGAGAUUAAAAAUAUAAAUUUCACCGAUUUGAUUGAUGUCGUCGGGAAAUUAAAAGACGCGCCGAUUCGAAAUUGUUUUUUGGCGGAUUCUAGCGAAUUGAAAAUAUGGGAAGAUAUAUUGGUGGAACUGGAAGAUAUUGAAAGAUCUGUGGAGAAAGAAAUGGGACUGAAAAUAGUGGAACUAGAAAAUGAGGUGAUGCAAUUUAUCAAUAAAACUUAUAGCAAUCUUGUGCGAGAUGUUUCGAAAGAAAUCAAUAGAUUGCUGGUGAGCUCUAGAAGUUCCCCACUAGAAAUUUCCUAACAUGAGCAAUCCAAUUUCCAGACAAUAAUCGAUUCCUCCAACCUUCCCUGCUCAAAAAUCCACAAAAUAUUCUCAACCGCAAACUCCUCCAUCUGCCAAAAAUACUACACCAUCGAAGACAUCACGCCAGUCCUAAUUCUAACAAUUCUCACAAAUCUGGCAGCAUUGCUCAUAUUAAUUGUUAGUAGCUCGGGAAAAAUGAAUGACGAUUUUUCGGAAAGAUCAUUGAGAACAGCAGAACUUAUCAAAUAA